GCCGAGCGAUCUGCUCCAACCUGAGGGCUGCGAACGGGAGGCUGAGCAGGUGAAGGCCUUUUGUGCGAUGCAGAAGCUGAACGCCGUGGUGGCCAGUCGACAAAUCCCAGCCACCGGCUUUGCCUUCGACUUUGGGAAUCGUCUCAUUAGGCUGAAAUCACCGAGUGAACAGAUCUGUGUGGCCUUGUUUUUUGGCGGUGUGCGAAACGAGUCCGCUGGUUCGUUGCGGAGUUGUCUUCAUGUUUUUUGGCCAUGUUUUUGGCCCAUUUUUUGGGUACUGCAAGAUGCUGAAGGUGAGAAUGUCGAAACACCAGCAGUCAAGCGUUGCAAGAUACAAGGAUCUGGCCAUGGGAGAAAAAGACCUAACCCCCCCGAAAGCCACAGCAUACAAGAGGUGCGCCUGCUGGUACUCCCCCUUUUGAGCAGAUGGAUUCACCAAAGUCCCAGCAAGGAACCACGUAGCAUCCCUCCAUCAACGGACCUUCAACCGCACCAGGGUGUGCUCCUGCGUGAAUUACUGCGACUUUCGAAGGGGAAACCUGGCGGCCAUCUUGUACGUUGUCCAGCAAGACGAAAGUAG